AUGGCCGCCUCCUUCCUCCGCCCUCUCCUCCCUCCCAAACCUUUCCUCUCCACUCCCAAACCACAAGUCCCUAUCGCCCCCAUCACUGCCGUACGCUGCACCGCGGCGCCUAAACCGACCACCUCCACCCCAAAGCCCGCCCAGCAAGAGGGCAACCAGGACGAGGAGCAAGAACCCACUCCCGACGAGGCCGACGCCAACCCCCACCGCAUCCCCGACGACGAGACCCCGCCGUCGGCGACGGCGACCACCUCCUUCUCGGUGGUCCGGCGCGUGCCGUCGGCCAUCUCGACGGACGGACGCCUCCGCCGGACGGCGCUGACGCAGGAGGAGCCGCCCAACUACGAGAUCGGGUGGAAGCGCACCAAGAAUCUCCCCCUGGAGAAGCCCAAGGGGUGGGCCAUCGCCGAUUUUCUGGAGAAGCUGGAGGGGCUGAUGGAGCGCGGGCGGUACGGGUCGGGCGCGCUGCUGGGCACGGUGGCGGGCGUGGUGACGGAGCGCGCCCGGGAGGAGGCGGAGAUCCUGAUGGCCGAGGGCGGCGUGGACGAGCGCGUGGCGACGGAGCUCUUCCGCGUGCUGCGGCUGGUGGAGAUGGACGUCGAGAUGGUCAAAGCCGCCGUCAAGGAGGAGACCGUCAAGGAGCGCGUCGAGACGGCGCGCGCGCGGUGCCGCCAGGCCAUCCUCGUCGCGCUCUCGCUGUGA